AUGAUCGUCGUCGACGCUGGUGCUGCUCCCGGUGCAUGGUCACAAUACGCCUCGUCUCGCAUUGAGCCAGAUGGCGCAGUGCUCGCAAUCGACUUGUUAGCCCUUUCGCCUCUCGCUAGCAUACUCCCAGGAGUACAAGCCUUCAGAGGCGACUUCACCAGUGCUCCUGUGACCACUAGAUUCGUCCAGGCCAUACGACAGCAUACAAGCCUGACAUCGCGUCAAGCGGCCAAAGUCGAUGUCAUUUUGAGUGACAUGUUGGGCAACCUGUCUGGCGAUGACGUGCGAGAUAGCCAGCACUCGAUCGAUCUUUGUUCUGCCGUGCUCGACUUUGCCCUCGCCCACCUUGCGUCGGCAAACUCGGCAGCGCUCGUUAUGAAGCAUCUCGCUUCCGACAUCGCUACUGCCUGGCAAAGGGACUCCUUGGAACCUCGCUUCGAACGCGUCCAGGUGUUCAAGCCAGUGUCGUCAAGAGACGAAAGUCGCGAAGCCUUCUUUACAUAUCCUUCUUGUCUCCUCUCGUUGCCAAACGUAACGCCUCGUUCUACGCGCGACGAUGAUCAUCUGAUACCAGCAAAGGAGCAGGAGCAAGGUCAAUAUUAUACUGCAGACCAGUACGCUCCUCGACCGAGACUCGCAACAGCCGCUCGAUCUGUCGAAAGUAUCCUGACUCCCGAUCGCUCGGCAGCCAUGCAGCCCUCGGUGAGGCCCGAGCUCAUCACUACAAGACAUGCAUACAUGUCAUGCGAUACAAGCAGUACAAUAAGAUAA